AUGAGUGCAGAUCAGAUUGCAGCACAACUUCAGAGCACAAAGUCUCUUUGUGUCUCGCCUUCCUGGCUCAACGCGUUCCUGGCUUCGUCCGGACAAUCACAGCGCAACAUCCCCACCUCCGCACUCACCAAGACAGCUUUGUUCCGCGUACUCGCCUCCGAUAUUCGAGAAUCCCUGUUGAUAAAUCCAUCAUCGCGAUUGCCAAUUGACAUCUAUGAUCCCAAUAUACAAGAACGGCGUCUUCAAGGACCGAUCCCCGUCCAAGUUCUCGACAUUGAAGACAUCGGCACGAGUUUAUGGGGUCAGGUCGAGGCGAUUGAGCGCGUCGAGCGUGGAGAAGCUGUUCGAGGACGGGAAAUUGUGCGCACAGUAGCCGUGGGUGAAGACCAGGAGGCGCAGGAGAGCAGCAGCGGUAACAAUAACGGCAACUUUGGAACCCCAAACGCGUCGGGGAGCAGUGGAUAUGGGCCGCAUCGGUUGAUACUGCAAGAUACCGCCGGUACCAAGGCAGUGGCGAUUGAAAUGCAGCGCAUUGAGGGCAUUACGCUGGAGAAACUUGCUAUCGGUGCUAAAAUUGUGCUUCGCAAUGCGACUGUUGCGCGGGGAAUGAUUCUGUUGAAUCCUGGAUGUGUUGAUCUGCUCGGUGGAAAGAUCGAGGCACUUGACAAACCGUGGAAGGAAGGGAGAAAAGCUCGAUUAUUGGAGAGGAUUACUGCCAUGCAAGACGAAUAA